GGAAGUGCCAGUGGAUCAGGGGGCACCACAGCACAGGGAAGUGCCAGUGGAUCAGGGGGCACCACAGCACAGGGAAUUGCCAGUGGAUUAGGGGGGACCACAGCACAGGGAAGUGCCAGUGGAUCAGGGGGCACCACAGCACAGGGAAGUGCCAGUGGAUCAGGGGGGACCACAGCACAGGGAAGUGCCAGUGGAUCAGGGGGCACCACAGCACAGGAAAGUGCCAGUGGAUCAGGGGGCACCACAGCACAGGGAAGUGCCAGUGGAUCAGGGGGCACCACAGCACAGGGAAGUGCCAGUGGAUCAGGGGGCACCACAGCACAGGGAAGUGCCAGUGGAUCAGGGGGCACCACAGCACAGGGAAGUGCCAGUGGAUCAGGGGGCACCACAGCACAGGAAAUUGCCAGUGGAUCACGGGGCACCAGAGGAGACAAAGAGCCACAGAGUGAGUGCCACAGCCAGUGCCACAGGGAACUAUAG